AUGCCGACUUAUUCCGGCUUCAAUCGUCCAAGGAAGUCGACCAAAUCUUCAGCGGCUUCCAUUAUUUCUACCAGCUCCAAGGGCUCCAAGGCUCCUCCAGAGAAAUUGAAGAAAGAGAGCCCCAAACCUCAACCGCUGGCGCCUCGAAGUGCAGAGCCUAGCGGGUCUAGCUAUACAGCAAAAGCACCGCCCGCGCCAACACCCCAGACUGAAGCGAAGGGCAAGGAUGGCAGUGCGCUGAAUGUGUUCGAGUAUUUAGAGACCGACAGUGACUCUGAUAGCGAAUCGGAGGUCUCGUCAUCGGACGAUGACGAUCUACGUCCUCCGUUCCCACCGAAUACUAACCCGAAGGCUCCUCCUGCCAGUCGGCAACCAAACACCGCUGUUCCGGUACAGACCCGCAACCGAACAUCGUCGGUGAAAUCUAAAGAGUCGCAGCCGCCAGGCGCGUUCGAAGGUUCUCCAGUCCCAGUACCAGUGCAACUCGCCAGGCAGCAUCGGAGACCUUCCACGGAUGCAGGGAACAGCGUAGUCGGGUCUGUUGCUGAAUCCUAUGACGGGACGCUACCUCCAGAGCACCGGAAUCUGGAACUUGUCCCUGAGGAUUAUUACCCUCGGACCUCGACCUCUUUGCAUCGAACGUCCUAUCCGCCGUCUCCUCCUCAAAGCCCAGAGGAGGAUAUGCACCGCUCCUCCCGCAAGAUAAGGCGCAGUACGAAGCCAUCGCGUGCUCCUACAGGAUAUGGACUCCUGGCAUGGCGAUUGAGCGCUUCUGCGGAGAACAAGGAAUACACUCUUCCUCCGCUCUACCGUCGUUUCGAAGACGUUAAUCAUCGUGUGCUCCUAUAUCUACAGGAUGAAAUCUCUCAAUUGGAAGAAGAGUUGCGCGUGCUCGAUGACUACGAAGACAUGCAGCGGAGGAGCAUCGCAGAACAGGGGGGAACGAAGGUAAUGCCUGCAUCUCGACGCAUGGAUGUGCAGGCGCAAGCCUACUCAUCCCUGCACUGUAGACGCGAGGAAGUCAUGGGAGCAUUGAUUCACAAGACAGAGCAAUACAACAACGCACUCACUGCAUAUAGCAAAGUGCUUCAAACGCUCCCCCGCGCCGCAGCCUCUGACAUAGAGACCUACCGGAAAUGGAUGAAGGGCAACAGCCCCAUUGCUACCAAUGAGAUGCGCUUCCUCGACCACCGUAAGGACUUAGUCUCCCUCACACCGCAAACAGUCUCCGAUCCGAAAGCCCCAUCUCCUGUCCAUUCUGCCAUUAUCAUUGCAUCUGCCGCAAUUAUUCUCCCUUUGCUAGCCUUCAGCAUGAUUGCCGAGUUCGCAGGUCGAAUCUUAGUCGUCGCGGUGGUCGGUGGUGCUGCUGCCGCCAUCGCAUCCCACUAUUCCACAGGAACAGAGAAUCUCGUUAAAUCCCAAGAUGGAUGGCGAGUUGCUGGCUUGUACUUCGGCUUCAUGGCCAUUACAGCGUUAUUCGUUUCUUGAUUACUUGCAAACCUAUUUCUCGGCUCAUUUCAUGUUC